UUCUACCUUACUUCAAAUCAAGGCAGUUCGCCUUUCAAUCACUUCCAUUCAAGUGGGAAAUACGAGAAUAGUAUUAGUAAGGCAGUUUUCAAGAGUCGACUUUUGAACCAGAUUGAUGCAAAUGGCAUUGUGAAAGUGGACUUUCCCUUGCGCCCCCCCCCCCCCCCACCCCCACCCCCCACCUAUGAAUACCACCUGACCCACAUGCAUGGAGGGCAAAGAAGAGAUCAGUGACACAGACAGUGGCAUCAUUCUCCACUCUGGCCCUGAUAGUCCUUUCACGAUUAUGAAGGACGUGAUCACUCAUACCCGGGCCGUCAAGCUCAAGCAUCAGUCUCUGGAGGACCGGCUAGAGCUCUGCCUACUGGAGCUGAAGAAACUCUGCAUCCGAGAGGCUGAGCUAACUGGUCGGCUGUCUGCAGAUUACCCAGUGUUGUCUGGGGAGAAGCCGCCUCAAAUUCUCCAACGCAUCGGAGCGGCCUUCAAACAAGACGAGCAGAGCAUCCCACAGGGAGCAGUGGACUCAGAGCUGAACUCUGUGGAAGCUGAGUUAUCUCUUCAGCUGCAGAUAUACAAAGCGGCCCGAAGACUGUGCCAUGAGGAACACCUCAGCAAGGCGCAGAAGACAAGCCAGUUACAGCAGUGCAAGCGUGAGGAGAAGAAAGUCAAACAACUGCAGACAGCAUUUCAGCUGCACCUACAGCACGGGCGGUCUUCACCACGGCCAGGCUGCAUCAGCACACAGAGAGAUCAGGGCACUUCUGAUGAUAGCUCUCUGUCCGAUUCGGCGCUGCUCGAUGAAGAAAAGCUGAUCAGUCAAUCAUCUCAACCAUCCUUGGAGGCCCCUCACCCAGGAGGACCAGCAGACCCUCCCCAGCCCCCCCCAGACCCCUCACACCUCCCUGGGCCUAGCCCCCACAAGCCAACCCAUACUACUCCAACUCUGGAGGAGUUACAGUCCAGCUUCAACACCAACCUGGAAUUGGAGGCCCCUCCCAUCGAGCACUCCCCUUGGACUGAGUCCAGUCUGGACCAGCCUUACCAGAAAACCAAGAACAAGUCACACUCUUGUAGCAGCAAGUCAAGUCCAGCCGUGACCCCUGUGUUGCCUCCAGUGGAAGCCUGGUAUGAAGACACUGCUCUGCCCCUGCAGUUCUCCCAUCUCAGACUGUGCCCAAUCCAGUCAAACAGCGCCCCCUCCACCCCAGAGAUGCACCUUCGCCAUCAGUUUUCUCUCAGGCUUCCCAACAGUGAGCCUCCGUUGAACCUGGAUAAGGACCGGGGUCGUACCCGUGUUCCCAGGAGGCUACUUACGGAAUACGUGGUAACGUCUCCAGGCGAGUCCCCCAUCCAGAGGGGAGGCUACAGAAACCACAUUUACCACUCCAGCUCUGAGACUGAGAACAGUAACUCUGAACACUCUGCCCCAUCCUAUACUAGCUCCCUGUGUCGUGAGAUGCCCUGUGACCUGCCAUGGCAGUGUCAGCCCACCUAUAGGUACCAGUCCAGCCCCAACGACAAUCAUGGACCAAUGGCCUCCCCAGGCCCCGGCUUCUACCAAAAUCACCAGCAUCAGUCCACCCCCAGCUUCCACAGGGGUUACUAUGACCACGGGAUGGUCUACCCUUCAGAGAUGGACAUGGCCAGGCUGUAUCACGGCCCUCCGCCCCCCUAUCACUCCAGCCGAUAUGAGCACUGGUAUGAGGAGGCCCCUGUGCACCCCCAGCGGGCUCUCACGUCCCUUUCCCCCCACGUCAGACUGUCCCGCGCCCCCUCACUCAGAGACUACCCCCACCACCCCUCCAGAGGCUUCCCCCGGCAGGUGGUAAACGAGGAGCUCAAGUCAUGGCACCAGCGCAACCAGUUCAGACCUCACUCCCUCGACCGACAGACUGCGAUCAGGGUGAGGAACGUACCUGGCCACGAGUCACCUCUCUCCCACCACCACAAGUACCCUGAACAGGCUCCCCAGAGACGGGUCCUCCAGAAGGCAGCGGAUGGGACCCCGGAGCAGUGGUUUGUGGGUGACGAGUCAGAGCUCAUCAGUCAGGUGUAGGACUAGGGAGAGGGCCCCAAGUGCCACACCCUCUCUGGAACACUAACCUCUGCCCCCAGUCCACAAAGCCCUAUUUAUUCAUUAAUGUAUUACACUAAUGGACCUGGUGCAGAUAUGAGAUGAGGGAGACCAGGCAUAAUAUGAAAGAGGGCCUGAGGCUUUAUACCAUUGACCUCAACAUGUUACCUGGGCAACAACAAAAGAUCAACUGAAGGCAGGAAGUAACAGACCACAAUGCUAAAAUAGUGCCGCCCUUUUUACUGUGAAAGAUCUACUGUUUUGAACAUUAAUUCAUAGUUAGCAUUAUUUUGUACGGAUCUGUUUAGUACUAUGAAAAAUGUUUCUAAACUAUUUUUCUAAAAGAAAAUGUUUCUCUGUAGAAGUUAAUAAAUAAAGAUUUAUACUGUUAAUCCUGUCAGUGUCAUUCUGUUAUGAAUGUAAUUUUCUUCAGAAUUGGGAAUUCAAUUCCAACAGGAAUGUGGACCGGUCUUUUGUUUCAUAGGAUCAGAAUAAGUACCAGUAUUCUUUUUGUCAUCAAUUGACCAUUCAGCAUUGAAGAUGCACUAUCCUUUAUCAAUUUACUAUUUACCUGGCAAACAUUUAGAGCAAAAAGCUAAUUGAAUGGCAACUGAGUUCAACUGAUGCCUUUAUUUCUUACCUUUUGCCACCUGGUUAUGGACGUUAAUUACGCCAUUGAUAAACCAUUUUAUUAUGCAUAUGAAUACACUUUCUGUACAUAGAUACAUGAUACUUAAAAGUUGUACCAUUUUACUAUGGAUGUCACAUUGAACAAUGCCACAAAACAUAUGUAAUUCUCUCAUAUUCCACGUAUCCGAUGAAUGAUAUUAAUAGUUGUACUGAUCUGUAAUCAGGUUCUGUUUUUUUGUUUGUUUACAUAAGAGUUUUAGCUGGCUGGCUAAUGUGCACAGUUCCUGUAAAACUACAUUUCAUAAAUGUAAGUAUUUGUUUCAAUAAAUAAAGUUCGUAUCUCUGAA